AUGGCAACGCCGUCGGUUCUUCCAGAGGUGCCGGCGAAGCACGCUGACUUCAUUUCCUACGUCCAAUCGCAUGCCGACACACCGCUGUCGGAGCUCCUUGAGCCCUACAAGAAGUACGAUGCGAAACUCCGAGAGGUCUUCGCUCAGGAGCCAGAGCAUCCUGCCUUGGCUGAUCAGCACCUCAAUGUUGUUCCAGUUUUUGAUGGGCAGCAGGAGGAUGUGAAGAUUCGGGCCCGGGAUCUGGAGUCCGAGAGCGCUGAGGAGAAAGACAAGUACAUUAUGUCGCUUGAUGCCGCUGACAGGCGCCCGAACGGCUCUCCUGCCAUCGUUCAAGACAUCAAGGACUUCCAGCAGAACUUCGCGCUUUUCUGCGAAUCCUCGCUCGUCGACCUGGACUGGAAUAAUGUGGUGGCGGCCGGGUCGUCUGUCGUCACUUGUCUCCUACCCGUGCCCGACAAGUACAAGAAAUCGAAGCGAGCGCUGCGCCAGUACUAUCAUGAGAUGAUUGCGCCGGCUUCAGAUGUUGACCUCUUUCUCUACGGUUUGAGCGAGGAAGAUGCCGUCAAGAAGAUCAUCGAGAUCGAGCAGCGUAUCAAGGACAGUAUCCUCACGGAGACCACUACUAUUCGCACCAAGAACGCCAUCACAAUCGCCAGCCAGUAUCCAACACGCCAUAUUCAGAUCGUGUGCCGCAUCUACAAAUCAAUCUCCGAGAUUCUGACUGGCUUCGACGUCGAUUGCAGUUGUGUGGCGUACGAUGGCAAGCAAGUUUUCGCGGCUCCGCGCGCCUUGACUGCCUACAUGACCCAAACCAAUACGGUGGACCUGACACGUCGCUCUCCAUCAUACGAAAACCGUCUGUCCAAAUACUCUCAUCGCGGCUUUGAGGUCUAUUGGCCUCUCUUGGAACGCUCGAGAAUCGAUCCGACCAUAUUUGAGCGGAACUUCGCGCGAACUGUUGGUCUGGCUAGGCUCCUUGUUCUAGAGCGGCUUCCCUCGAAAACGGAGCGCGAGGCUUAUAUGGAUGAGCGUCGGCGCGAACGAGGGCGACCUGCUAUCAAUCGCCACUGGAAGCGCUCAACGAGGGACAACAUCAAGGACAAGUAUGAAGACGAGGUAGCCGAAUGGGUUGAUCAGGAGGAUAUCAGCGACUAUCAUACCUUCACGAUUCCGUACGGUCCCAAGUACCACGCCAAGAAGAUCGAAAAGCUUCUGUAUACCAAGGAUCUCUUGCUCAACGCAGAGUGGAACAAGCCUAAAGACCGCGAAGUCAACCUUCAUCGCCACCCUGCCUUCUUCGGUUACGCUGAAGACAUUAUCCACGACUGCUGUGGAUUCUGCCCGAGGCCAGUGACUCCGGAGGAGCAAGACGUUGCAGAGGAAGAGUCGAAGAUCUACGUAUCAGGUGACAUCUCUUUCAUCAAGGACGAUGCUGGACGCCAGGCAAUUGGAUCCUUCAAUCCCAUCACGGACGAGGACUGGACGGAAAUGGCCUAUGUUGGAAAUAGUGCACGGCUUUGUCAGGCCAUCAUCGACAAGGACCUGGAACAUGUCGAGGACUGGCUUUCACAAGAUGGCGCCGAUCCCAACAGCCGCGAUUACACUGGCCGGACACCACUACACCUGGCUGUCAUGUGCUCUUCAUGUGAGAUAGUGCAGACGCUCAUCAGCCAUGGUGCUCGACUUGUGGCUCGCCUUGCCGAUGGUAGAACGGCGCUUCAUCUUGCCGCUGCGCGCGGGAACGUGGAGAUGGUUAGGAUGAUAUUGCGAAAGAGUGAAGAGAACGAAGAGGAAGAAGCCAAGAAAGAGGACCUUCGAAAGCAAGCGAGAAUGGCUGCUAGGGAGGGCAAGGACGAACAGCCAGAGAGUGACAAGAGAGCUGCCAGCUUUGCUGCGGAGGAUAGUGACUUGGAGGUAGUCGAGAAGGAGGAAGAAGACUCCGAGCCAGACGAAGACGCACGCACCACGACUACCGGAUCCUUUGUCAAGGUCAAGAAAGAGGAGAGGAAGGCAGAUGAUCUCAUCCCAGAUGAGGAGGAUGAACCCGAUGUCUACGAUGUCAACGUUGUCGCCUGGGAUACGCAAUGCUCGCCACUUCAUCUUGCGAUCCUCAACGGUCACAUUGAGGUUGUCAAGGAGCUCGUCCAGUCGUUUGGUGCCGAUGUCCUUUUGCCCAUCAAACUAUUCAACGACUGGGAUAAAUCACCGCGUGGCGCUAUCCUAACCCUUGUCCUUGCCCUUCGCCUGCCACUGGAGAAGGCCAAGGCUAUGACCCAAGCUCUGUUAGAGAUUGGGGCCUCUUCUGCACAAGCGGAUAUGCAUCAGACGACCGCCCUGCAUUACAUCUCGAACAAGCAGCCCGACAUUCUCGAGACUCUCAUAAAGUUCGACGAACCCGCCGCCAAACGCGCAAUCAAUCAUCUCUCAGUCAGGGGCUCCAGCUGGAGCGCCUCUGCACAGAGCCCUCUAAUGUCUGCCAUCUCCAAAGGCAACGCACUUGCUGCACUGAAGCUCCUGGACGCCGGCGCAAAGCCCACUAUCGAAUUCAAGGACUGGAUUAAGGCCGUUGAAGUUCAAUUUGAGAGUGUCUCCGGGGUCGGCGCCGAGCAGAACCACAAAAACUUCGCACGGGACAUCGAACAACCCAUCAUCCUAGCCGUCCAGACGGAGUUGCCGGAAGUCGCUCUCCAGCUGAUAGAACAGGAUGUUUCGCCAAAUACAGUCACGAAGCAGAGUCAGCAAGCGAUUGUGGAUCAAUACUAUUCGCGGUACAACUCUAUGGAGAGCCUUCUUGAUAUCGUCCGCAAGAAGAUUCGCGAUCUCAGGGACUACAAGGACGCCGAAGCACCUAGCAAGCCGGACCUCAACGUGAAAGAAGGCGUCGACUACCUUGCCGGAAUCGAGCCUGACUCCUACCAGUCCUUCAUCGCCCAAAUGCAACUCGAAAGUGCACGAGAGUCCGACAGGCGAACAAAUGAGGACUACGAACAGCGUCUCAAGCAGCACCAAGAGCGCAAAGGCGUCACGGAGAAGCAAGAGGCUCUUGAGGCUCUUGCCGUCAAGUAUGAAAAACUUGAGGAGAUCCUACUCAAUAAAGGCGCGAAGACCUUUAAGGAGCUCCAUCCGGACAUUGCCAGUGCUUACCAGGAGUACCAGCAAUACUCACAUCCUGAACAAAAGAAGGUGCCCUGGGAACUGUCCUUCAACUUCUCUGUUCACGACCUGACAGACGAGUCCCGCGAGGCGUACAUCAAGCUAUUCCAAGCAGCGUGGGAUGGGGAUGUCAAUACGAUCAAGUCGCUGACUCUCGCCCCGUGGGGCCCCUCCAACAAUACUCCACUGAAGAUUGCUAUUCAGGACAAUAACAACCAGUCUCCCUUCAGUCUUGCUGUUCUGCGUGGUCACCUCGAUGUCGCCCGCGCCAUUGUCGAAAUCUCAUUCGCUCAAUUCCAGCCCGCUAACGACGAAGAACCAAAGGCGCGAUACCACAUGGGGAAUGACGCGGAUGAAGGCGAAGACAACAUGAGCGACACCAGCGAUAUCCCCGUCUACAAGGAGCUCGUCGAUGAUAAAUUCACUGUUGAGAACAUUGGAGAGGUCUCAACUCAGGUCAAAAGCAAGGUUUCUCCUUUAGCUUUUAUGUCAUUCUCCUGCUCUGCACGGAGUUACGCCAAAUUUUUCAUGGGUGAUAAGAAGUUCACGUACGGUGUGGAUGAUCGCGAAGUCGGAGGUAGCCCGACACUCACUCUCCAAUCGUGGGCGAUCACUACGAAUGACAAGUCGCUCUUCUCUUUUCUUCUAGAUCUCGACGUCGAAUGGACAGAUCGCUUAGCCAAGAACAUGGAUGGGUCAUCCGGCAUCCCGUCUUUCGCGACAUACGAUUUCGAGCUGGCUUUGAAGUACGGUCGUAUUGAUCUGUUGGCGGAGAUGAUCAAGCAUGGAGGUGCUGGAAUGGAGCUUCAGUCGCUCGUCAAGAAUUCUUCGGUGAAGUAUCGAGAGAAGCCAAAGUACUACCAGGGCCUCAGUGUUCACGGGAAGAAGCGAACCGACUGGAUCCGAGCCGCUCGCGGAACGGACGCUGAGGGAGUCACGGAUACGAGUCCACCACUCCUUGAAGCUGCUUUCAAUGGCAGCCUCCAGAGUGUCGAGUGGCUUCUUAGCGAUACUCCUGCUCGACACUACCUUGACUUCGCUGAAGCAUACAAGGGUGACAAGUUCAUUACGCACUUGAACACUGCCGCCGGAGGCUUCGAAAAGGUGCUCCGGAAGUGGCUGGGCGCCCGACGCGAGCUCGCUCUGCACUGUGCGGUGAUGGCGAAGCCAGGAGCAGAGACCUCGAAGCUAAUUCAAUACUUGCUUCAAGUCAUGCCGGAAUCGCUCGAGACGAAGUCAGGCGAUGGGUACACGCCACUUGCCCUCGCUUUCUCCCUACACCGACUAGAAGCGGCCAAGAUCCUGAUCGAUGCAGGUGCUGACCAGACUGUCCGUGAUUCCAAUGGAGCCAACAUCAUCCACCUCCUUCUCUGCCCUGCUUAUACGAAUGGCAGCUCCAAAGACGAGGAAGCAUUUCAACCACUGUUGGACCUCAUUGACAAACGUUUGAUCUCAUCUCUUCUCACGGAACGAUCAUCCCAUGAACCUGGAUCCCUGACGCCUAUUGCAAGGCGGCUUCGAUAUUGUGGUAGUGAGAAUGAAGAUGUACUACGGAUGCUGCUCGAUUUCGCAGCCCCCACUUGCAACGAGCACUUGGAGCUUCUCGACGGGUCCGGCGACACCCCUCUUCAUUACGUGGUCAAGUCCCGGAAGCAGAGCUGGCUUCAGAUCAUCCUAGAGUACCGCCCAGAUCUCUUGUACCGCGAGAAUUCCGUCGGUCGCACUCCUUACGAACUUGCCGAGGAUGCCUACAUCUCCGAAUGUGUCUCAGACCCACCAGGCGUAACCAGCAACAGGUAUUACUCCUACCCCUACCAAAAUAAUUACCCAUCUCUGGUACAACGGCUUCCCGAGACCUUUGCCAAGGACUACAAGGAAGCGGGUAAUGCGACCACGGAGAGCGUCUGGAGGAUAUGCGAGGAGUUCGUGAAGAACCACCCUGGGAGGAGGCGGCUCGUCAGUUUACUGGAUGCCAAUGAGGUUGCAAAGAGACUGGCUAAGAGGAAAGCUGAGGUUCGUGUCUAUGACCGUGUCAAGCGCGACGAGGAGAGCGAUGCAGGUUCCGUUGACGGCAACGCAGUCGACUUAGGCGAUGAAGUCCGCCAAUGGUAUGUAUCCACUGCUCCAUCUUCGACCUCUGCUUACUGA